AUGGGUGGCACAUACUGGAACGAAGAAUUCUCUACAUUCGAGUACGAUGAAAAGGCUUCAGAAAUGGCAUACUUCAACGUCUUUCGUUUGGUACUUUGUUCUACGUGGCUAGGGGCAAUGACUGUAGUUGCUAUAGCAUACUAUUAUCUUUCCAAAGAAGAUCGACGAGCCACCAAGUUAUUUCGAUUGCAAGGCACUUGCCUGGUCUUGACCGUUCUCUACAAUGCUUCAGAGACUGGGUGUGUACUGUAUAGACUUGAUUCACUCACCUACCUCGCUUCUCAAAACAUGAAUUAUCGUGGGUAUUGUGCUUGGAGAAGUGUUGGUAUUUUUGCAGAGCAUGCUAUUCCAAUUUUAUCAGAUUCUGCUCUACUCUUUCGUAUAUCAUCUUUCUAUCCAAGUCCAAUUGUUUCUGGAAAGGCAAGAUUACUCAUCCUUUCACCUUUUUGGUUCUUGCUUGGAAGUCGUACAAUCUUGACUUUUUUGCUUACAGCCAUUAUUCUGGUUCAAUGGCUAUCUGGCUUACAACCCUACGCCUACGACGCAAUGCUGUUAUGGGAUCCUCCCGUAUGGUCAUACGAUGGGUAUUCUGCAACGACUGUAUUAGAGUUUUCGUUGGGUUCUAUCUACUGCAUUGCUGCAUCAUCGCUAUUGCUAUUCAAAGCAUAUCAAUUGGCAAAAUCAAGAAUAUCAUUCAACAACAAAGCAGGAGUGAAAGCAAAGAUGCGUUUCUUCGCUGAAGCGCUGUUGAUGUGCUGUGUUCCUCCGAUCUUUUUGAAUGUUGCUGCACCAAUUCAAUUACUAGCUUUUUAUAAUUAUGCCUAUUACCGAGAAACAGCAUUUUGGCAACUUCUUGGUCAAACAUUCGAGCCGAUUGGAGCAAAAGUCAAAUAUCUCGUAUCUCAAACAUCGAAAAAGGUGCUCUAA